GCAUUGGCUUAAUGGUUGAAUGCGUGCGAAUUCGAAUUUCCAGUCUUGAAUAUAAUCAUCCAACAUAUUCCCCAAACCCCACAAAUCUCUUCUUUUUUGGAGAGAAGACGAAAAGAGAGAGAUCUGUCUUUCUCCUUGAACUCAGAAAACUGCUCUCUCUGUCUAUUUCGUCUUCGCAGCUGACAAGCUAUGGGUAUCUUGGAAGCAUUUCUUAAUUGGCUUCGAAGCCUCUUUUUCAAGCAGGAAAUGGAGCUAUCUUUGAUAGGUCUUCAAAAUGCUGGAAAAACUUCACUUGUAAAUGUUAUCGCUACUGGUGGAUAUAGUGAAGACAUGAUCCCUACGGUAGGAUUUAAUAUGCGUAAAGUGACUAAAGGAAAUGUCACGAUAAAAUUGUGGGAUCUUGGUGGUCAACCCAGAUUUCGGAGUAUGUGGGAGCGAUACUGCCGUGCAGUUUCCGCUAUUGUUUAUGUUGUUGAUGCUGCUGAUCAUGAUAACAUCAGUAUCUCAAAAAGUGAACUGCAUGACCUGCUGAGCAAACCAGCACUCGGUGGUAUUCCUUUGCUGGUUCUAGGAAACAAGAUUGACAAGCCUCAAGCCCUGUCCAAGCAGGGUUUGAGCGAUCAAAUGGAUUUAAAAUCUAUUCCAGAUAGAGAGGUUUGCUGCUAUAUGAUCUCAUGUAAGAACUCAACCAACAUUGACCAGGUCAUUGAUUGGCUAGUUAAGCAUUCUAAAUCCAAGAGCUGAGUAUAAGGAGCUAUUCAUGUAAUUUAAUUUGUGUUCGAAUUCUCAAGAGAUGGAUUUCAGAUUGUUGUUGAUAACAAUUCACAUUCAUCUUUUGGGCUGAUUUUCUUGCUGCCUUAUUUAAUCUGUUGUGAUUUGUUUCUCUUCUUCUUGUUUAUUUUUUGGUUAGGUUGAGAGAAGUUUCAAUGGCUUUUGCAAUUGAUUUGGUGUGUUGUGGACGGACUAGAGAAAUAUUUAUUUCAUUUUUCCUUUUUCUUCUGUUU